AUGGCGCACACUAGAGCAACCAUCUCGAUCUCGGAGGCAGCGGCGGCGCUUUUGCUGCUGCUGCUGCUGCCGCCGCCGCUCUCAUUCAUCGUCGGAGCCGCAGCAGCACCGCGGGGGAUCGGGAUGCCGGGCUGCGCGACCAGCUGCGGCAACGUGAGCGUGCCGUGCCCGUUUGGGGUGGGCCCGGAAAGGUGCUACUGGCCGGGGUUCAACCUCACCUGCGACCGCCGGAGCAGCCCGCCGCGGCUCCUCCUCGGCGACGGCAGCCUCCAGGUCGUGGAGGACAUCCUCCUCGGGUCCGCUAUCACCGUCGUGCGCCAAGGCGACAUAAGGCUCGACGAGAACGGCGCCUGCGCGUUCGGCGGCGGCCUCAGGGACGACGGGCCCUACUCGCUGGCCUUCAACAACGAUCUCAUCCUGACGGGCUGCAACGCGCAGGCGACGCUAAAGAACGGCCACGUCACCGUCGCCGGCUGCUCCUCGUUCUGUGAGACCGAGGAUGUCGACGGAUCUGACUUCAACGGGUUCCCGCUGUCUAGGCACCCCACCAGCAUGGUGUGCUCUGGCAUAGCCUGCUGCCAGUCGGCCGUCCUCACCAACUACCAGGACCGGAGAGCGGGAAAGGUCCCGCACAGCGGCUCCUACGGCGUGGAGCUCCGGUGGCUUGGGUGGAACGGCACGGCCGACCGACGGUGGCCGCCCCGCGUGUACGUCGCCAUGAAUGGGUGGUUCGAGCAGACGCGUUUCUCCUACGAUCUGCUAUGGAAGGGAACGCGUCCGUCGGUGGCUGUUCCCGUGUUGCUUGACUGGGAGGUCGCCAGCCAUGGCGCGGAGCCUGACAGCAACACAAGCUCCUCGGAGUGCCCCGCCGAAGCUGCCCGAACCGUGUGCCGAAGCAACCACGCAUCCUGCAACAAAGGUGCACGGGGCUAUACAUGCUUCUGCGACGAGGGUUAUGAAGGCAAUCCCUACCUCCCACGCGGAUGCCAAGGUUUUUCCUUCGCUUUCCACUUGCAAUGCAUUAUGUUGCAUACUAUAUCAUGUCAUUCGCUCACUCUUCUUAGGAGGCUAGUUAGUAUGACCGCAUAUUAUUUAGACUAG